ACUUAGGAAGACAAUAACAUAAUGAGUUGAAUAGAAACUCCAAAGAAAAAUCAAACAUUGGUAGCUGCUAGCACCAUUCACAACAAAUUCUCCAAAACUCAAAUUUCUUCUUUUAUUUUCAUUUUCAAAUUUUAAAUAUUUUAUUUUGAGAAGAACUGAAAAUGGAUCCUCCAACAACAAGUUGGAGCAUCCAUACCCGACCCGAAAUAACAACCAAAUACGAAAUCCUCAACCACAUCGGCUCCGGUUCCUACGCCGACGUCUACCGUGGCCGUCGUAUCUCCGACGGAACAACAGUCGCACUGAAAGAAGUCCACGAUCACCAAUCAGCAUCAAGAGAAAUCGAUGCUUUGAAAAUUCUUCGGGGCUCCGAAAACAUUAUUUUCAUGCACGAGUUUUUCUGGCGAGAAGAUGAAGACGCCGUGAUUGUUCUUGAGUUUCUGAGGACUGAUCUCGCCGCCGUGAUUAGAGGUGCCGGAAGUGAGAGGAUUGAUGGUGGUGAAGUUAAAGGGUUGAUGAUGCAGAUGGUUAGUGGGAUCCACGCUUGUCAUCGGAAUAGGAUUGUUCAUAGAGACUUGAAGCCGGAAAAUUUCUUGAUUUCGGAUGAUGGGGUUGUUAAAUUGGCAGAUUUUGGACAGGCAAGGAUACUUAUCGAAUCAAGAUUUGAUGCAUCAAAUCAUGAAAGUUCAUCACAACAUCCUCGUGAUGCUAAUCCUUUAUUAGACAACUCAAACCAAACCGAAUUUGAAAAUCAAGAGGAGGAGGAGGAAAAAAUGAGUCAUGAUGAAUAUUUUAGAGUGUUAGAUGAGCUGAAAAUUAAGAGCCACACAUACGAUACCGAUGAUAAGGACACAAACACGCACGAAGGUAACAACUCGUGCCUUGCCACAUGCACAACUAGUGAUGACGACGAUGAUGCUUGGAAGAAUUCUUUGCCAUAUGAAGGAGACGAAGAAGGAGGGAAUGAAGAACAUGGUUUUCUCACAUCAUGUGUUGGAACUAGAUGGUUUAGGGCUCCGGAACUACUAUAUGGAUCAUCUAAUUAUGGUUUAGAGGUUGAUCUUUGGUCAUUAGGAUGUGUUUUUGCCGAGUUGUUAACAUUGAAGCCUUUGUUUCCUGGAACAGGUGAUAUUGAUCAAAUUAGUAGAAUCAUUAGUGUUUUGGGUAAUCUUGAUGAAGAAGCUUGGAAUGGUUGUUCUAAACUUCCUGAUUAUGGAACAAUUUCUUUUACUAAGGUGGAAAACCCUAUUGGUCUUGAAGCAUGCAUGCCAAAUUGUUUGCAUGAUGAAGUUUCCUUGGUGAAAAAAUUGGUUUGUUAUGAUCCAGCUAGGAGAGUCACUACAAUGGAGUUACUUCAUGACAAGUACUUCUCUGAAGAACCACUUCCAGUUUCUGUUUCUCAACUGAGGGUUCCUCCUAUAGCCGAAAAAUGAACAAGACUAGGAUUCUUCAAGUGGGGUUUUAUGGUAACAAUGAAAUGGAUUAUGAUUCUAAUUUUGAGGACUAAAAAUAUGAUGCACCUAAUCCCAAAAAAAAAUAAAAAUAUGAUGCACCUUAAAAUCUA